AUGUCAGUCGCUGCAUUGUAUGCAAGGGACGACUGUUUCAGAAAGGCCUUCAAGCGAAAGAGGGCCUCUGAGGAGGGGGCAAGCGACUCCAAGCAGAAGGAGAUAAAAAGUCAGCAAGCUGGAGGGGAAGGCAAGGCCAAGAAGGAAGCGUUAGUGACUGAGAACACAAACCCAGGCCUAAUGUGUCCUGCUAGAGUAGCAUGCAAGGUAGAGGAGGUCCAAUCAGUUGACCCAGAUGUGGCGCGACAAACCAGGACACCAAGUCUUGGGCUCAAACUCCCAUCAAAACUGAACCAGAUGAGAGGGCGGAACGAGCGAGGGGAGCGAGAAGGAAACAGUGGGGGUCAAGAAGGGGCUUGA